CGCGCGUCGUAGUAAUAACUUGUUUCGUGUGCAGAACGCAACGCGCAGCACUCGAUUUCCAGUGCGUGAGUGUGUAACUGUAACUGUAUCUGAUCGAAUUCGAAUGUCUAACAAUAAUAAUAACACGCCGAAAUCUAAUCGCGCUCGCAUGGAAAGUGCGUGGAGUAUUUUCAACGCAAAUCGCUAAUCCAUUGUAGAUUGCUUGUUGUAUGCAUGUGUAUUUAUAUAUUUCCUGAUGUUGUUGUGCCAGGCUGGCAGCUUAAUUGUGGUCCACCUGAAGCUGAUGGAAAAAACGAGUGAUAAGCCAGCUGGGAGUGAAGUGAAAUAAAGAGACAAAGGCCAACAACAACAACAAGAACAGCAACAAUUUUGUAAAGAACAAGUCGGAAAACCAGCUUGUCAUACAAAACAUAAUAAUAAAAACAAGAGCAGCAACAACAAAAACAACAACAAGAGCAGCCACAGUAGCAACGAGCGGUCAGCAGUCAGAGUGAAACAGCGAGAAAACAAAGAAUCAAGUGGAAAACAAAGAACGCGAACACAAGGCAAAAGCAACAGUAACCGCAGCAGGCAAAGAUUGGAACAACAACAGCAAGACUAAUAGCAACAACAACAAUAAGGAACUGAAUCAGAACAACCAUAACUGACAACAACAAGAGACACAAGCGAGUGUCGCACAUCGCAUUAAAAAGCACAGCCAUUUCGAGUUCCAUUCCAACAUUAAUAAGCUAAUAAUUUUUUUGAAUAAGUGUUUUGUGCGCUAAAUGCGUAAAUAACGACAAAAUACUUAUUAGACGUUAAAUGUUUGGCAGGCGUCUUGGAAAGUGCAUGCCAAAGUGAGAGAGCAAGAGCGCCAGCACAUAAACAAGCACAAAGAGAGAACGAUCGAGUGAGAGAGCGAGAGAGAGUGGCAAAGUGAAUGUGAUUGUGUGUGUGUGUGUUUGUGCGCGUGUUUCAUUUCCAAUUCGUUUCAACGUAAACAACAGGGGCGAAUUGUUCGUGAAUAGCUCUCCUGUGAGUUUUUUCAAGUGCAUGCCCAACACAACAGCUGAGUAAAAGAUCUCUCCCGCUCACAGCGACGCGCACUCUCGUACAGGUGAAGGCAUCUUCCGCAGCAGUGUCACUGUGUUAUCAGUCAACGGCACUAAGAGAGCGCAGCAGUGCCAACUAAAUUUCGUAGUUGUCAGUCAACAGCAGCAGCAGUAGGAGCAACAACAACAACAACAAUAAUAACAGCAUAAGUGCAAAUUUCACCCACACGGGCUGCUAGCACAUUGACUUACAAACACACACUGUCUCACACACACCAUGUCACAGGCUACAAGCGACGUUGUGGCACAGCUUCGGCAACAGAAGCAUCGCCCAGUACCAGAGGAUUUCACAGUACAAAACAAAUCAAAGUCCAAUACGUUGAGCUCGCAACGCAAUGGCAACGUGGGGGGCGACUACAUCGGCGGCGGCGGCGGUGGCGGCGGCGGGGGGUACAGCAACAACAGCCCCGAGAAGCUGACCGUGCUGGACAUGAUUCUCGACUCGAUGGGUCUGCGCAAUCUAACGUCCAAGGAUAUUGGAGCACUGAUAUUGCUGGGCUUCAUGUUCUUGCUGUUUGUGAUAAGCGUGACCGGGUUCUUUGUAAUGUGGUUCACCGAAUACUAUAAUAACACCAUGCUCAAGCAAUUAAUACUUGCCGAGGAUUCGGAGACUGCGAAGAGCUGGCUGCAGCCAGACACCAAAUUUGAUACGCUGCUGAAGGCGCACAUAUUCAACUAUACAAACAUCGAGGACGUUCUGGCGGGACGAGCGGACAAGAUUGAUGUGGUCGAUUUGGGUCCGUUGACCUAUCAGGAGCACACCGUCAAGGAUCAAGUGUCCUUUAACAAAAAUCACACUGUUACCUUUCGGGAUAAGAAAUCCUACAUAUUUCUGCCGGAUAAGUCGACGUUGCGGGAGGACGAUGUGAUAAUGGUGCCAAAUGUGCCACUACUCUCGGCUGCUGUGCACGAGAAGAAAUUGCCGCCAUAUGCCGUGAUUGGCGCCCGCACAUUAAUUAAUUUUGUAUUUAGGGAGCCAUUGUUCAAGCGGUUAACGGUCCACGAGUAUCUCUGGGGCUAUGAGGAUAACAUCGUUUCCCUGAAAAGCUUCGGCAGAGUCGGCGACAAACACUUUGGUUUACUCAGAAGUCGCAAUGGAACGAGCGUGGAUUUAGUGCAGCUCAACACUGGCGAGGACGACAUCUCCAAGUACAGCAUCAUUACGCAGUUUAACGGCAUGCCACAAUUGGAUUUCUGGCAGGAUGACGAAUGCAAUCGCAUCGAUGGCAGUGACCCGUCCAUGUUCUCCCCGACCGUGCUGCAGAAUCGGAGCACCGUCCAAGUCUUCCUGCAGGUGCUGUGCCGCAAGGUGCCGUUGAAUUUCGAGAAGGAGGCGACCAUCUACAAUAACAUCGAUGUGCUGCGCUAUCGCACACCGCUCGAUGUCUUUGCGCAUCCAUCGGAGAAGCCGGCGAAUGAAUGCUAUUGCCGGAACACGGAUCUCUGUCUGCCCGGUGGUGUCAUCAAUGCCACCAGGUGCUACGGCGAUCUGCCUAUUUUUCCCUCAUUUCCGCACUUCUUCUCCGGUGAUAAGGUGCUGUAUGAGAACUUUACGGGCAUUAAUCCGGAUGCUGAACUGCAUCAGACAUAUGCAGACAUCCAUCCGCGAUUCGGCUUUCCCGUUAAUGGCGCCUCCCGCGUACAAAUCAACAUAAUGUUGGACAAUACGGGACUACUGCGUAUGAAAGCAAAGCAUUUGAAGAAUAACGCCAUCUUGCCAUUGAUUUGGAUUGAGAUCACCGCUGGUGAUUUCAAUAAGGAUGUACUCGACACACUCCAUUUCAGCACAUUUGGCCUAGAUGCCAUACAGGUGGUACUGAAGUACGGCACCCUGCUCAUCUCCGUGACCACCUUCAGCCUGAUAGUGGCCAGUGUUUACUACUUGAACAACAGGCGGGACGAGCAGCAGUUGGAGCAUAGCAAAUCCUCUGCCGAGCUGGAGGCACUUGCCGGUCCAAGCAUCUUCAAUGGCAGCAUUCUUGUUGUACAAGUCUUGCCACAAAGCGUUCUUAGCCAUGCGCCGCAUCGAGAUGAAUUGUAGCGUCUGCCAUUUAGCAAUUAAUUUAAUUAUACUCAGCUAAGGACAGGGGUGGGAACAGUACAAUAUGUAAAUGGGGACGUAUAUGUGCUUCUAAGUGCCUUACAAACAAAAAAAACCGAAUUAAGAGAUUUUCGAAUUUAUCACGACUUAGAUAUAUAAAUAUUAUUAGCCUAGAACAAAAGCUGUAGUUAACAAAUUGUAUAAUUGUAUAUAUGUAAUAUAUAUGUAUAAAUAAUUAAAGAAUUUAUUUUCAAAUUGUAAAAA